GCUUUGUUCCGGGCGCGCGGAGGGAAGGCGAGGCUGCGGCGGAUCAUGCCCAAGGUGUAGCCGCGAAGCGGAGGCAUGGCUGCCGGAAGGUUACUGCUCUACACCGGCCUCUCGCUAGCGCUCUGCGCCCUCGGCAUGCUGGCCGUGGCCAUCUGCUCAGACCACUGGUACGAGACGGACGCCAGGAAGCACAGGGACAGAUGCAAGGCCUUCAACACUCGCCGGAUCGACCCCGGCUUCAUUUACAACAACAACAACAACUUGCCACUCCGGGCCAGCCGCUCGCGCCUGGACCGCUGGGAGGGCAAGCUCCUCCGGGCCCGGAAUCGCCGGCAGCUGUUCGCCAUGAGCCCAGCCGACGAGUGCAGCCGGCAGUACAACUCCACCAACAUGGGCCUCUGGAGGAAGUGCCACCGACAAGGCUUCGACCCCGAGAUCGCGGCCCUGAUUCGGAAAGGAGAAAUUGAGCGGUGCACGUACAUCAAAUACCACUACUCCUCAGCCACCAUCCCCAGGAACCUCACCUUCAACAUCACGAAGACCAUCCGCCAGGAUGAGUGGCACGCUCUGCACCUGCGCAGGAUGACGGCCGGCUUCAUGGGCAUGGCGGUGGCCAUCAUCCUCUUCGGCUGGAUCAUCGGCGUGCUGGGCUGCUGCUGGGACCGAGGCCUUAUGCAGUAUGUGGCCGGGCUGCUCUUCCUCAUGGGAGGAACUUUCUGCAUCAUCUCACUGUGCACCUGUGUGGCCGGGAUCAACUUUGAGCUGUCACGUUAUCCCCGCUACCUGUACGGACUCCCCGACGACAUCAGCCAUGGCUACGGAUGGUCCAUGUUCUGUGCAUGGGGGGGCCUGGGCCUCACGCUGAUCUCGGGAUUCUUCUGUACCUUGGCCCCUUCUGUCCAACCUGUCCCGAGGACCAACUGCCCCAAAUCCAGACCCGAGAACGGGACAGUGUGCUAAAACAACAAGCCCAUACUCACACACACACACACAUAUAUAUAUAUAAAUAUAUAUAUAAUAUACAUAUAUAUGACAAAACUCAAUCAAGACAAUGCCAGUGCCAAGGCAGAGUGGGGGUCGGCUCAGGCACCCACAUCUCGCCGGACUCUGUGUCACCUCAUCACCGAGAUGGGGGACGGCGUUCCCCUCACGUGGCUCUUCCAUUGAUUUGUAACUUCUGACUCCGUGGUUUCUUGAGGACAGCGUGAGCAUCACCCCUCAAAGACAGGGUCCCAAUUCCCACCACUCACAAGGAUGGGGGCAUGGGGGGAGGGGGCUGGGAAGAGACGGUGCCUGUGGUCCAGGGUGGCACAGGUGUAGACAAGAAAAUGCCAUCCCCUGAGCCGACAGGAGGGGACACCACCCCAACCCCGAUCAUAUCGCAGAGAAACAGCGCCCUUAGUUCAUAGAAUGUAACCAGAUCUUCGAGGCCAUUUCCAGAACCGUUUUCUUCUCCUGCUCUUCCCGUUCUGAUUUCCUUCCUGGCCGACCAGCGACACACCAGAAAGUGGACGAGAAAACCCACCGAGAAGGAAGUUUUCUCUCUGCUGCCAAACUUUUGGAUGAAGUUCCGGAGGUGGGAAGGGGGAGAGAACGCCGUGCUGAGAGGCAAGACCCACGUCAAUGAAAGGACACUUCUGUGGAUGCUCAGAAAGCCCAGUCUCACCUUCGAGCUGCCUUACACCCAGUUAAACAAGAGGCCGCCCUGCCCCAAACCCAACCUGCACUCCCUGGGCAUAUCGGAGCCUUGGAGUAACCCUCUGGUGUGUGUGUGUGUGUGUGUGUGCGUGCACGUGUGCAUGUAUGUGUGCAACAACUUUGGAUGGUUUCCUUUUUUUUCUUUUCACCUUUUAAAAAUACUACUGGAUCAUGACUGUUGUCUAUCAUUUGUGGUGGUUUCAUGGCCCAGGAUGGAGGCCUCAGGAACUAGGAAGCAUCACGAGGGUGGGCCUCUGUGGGUGCCAGUUCUGCAGCUUGACAUACCUGCUGUGUGUGUGUGCCUCUGUGUUUGCUGAGUGUGGGGUUUCGGUCAUUUGUGUUGCAUUUUUCUAUUAUUUUUAGUGCGGCUGAAAUUCCCUGAGGGCAGAACCAAGAACAUAAGCCCUGGGCAGAGGACCUGCGGUGCUGCACAUCCCAGGCCUGGGACGCCACGGGACUCGGCGCCCUAACUUUGGGAGUUCAAGACACAUCUGGGCACACAAGCCAUGAGUGAAGAAGGGAGCGCGGAUCAAGAGGGAGAAGGGGAGUGGCCUCAGUUACCGCUGGAUAAAGUCCGAACACCAAACGAGACCUUUCCCUUCCCAUCACGGAAGCUGUCCUUUGUCACUGGACAUCCACCCCUUUCCUAGGGGUGACCUUUGUACAGACGAGAGAAAAUGGGUCCCAUGCAGAGAGAGCCACCAUGUCCCAUGGGCUCCAAUUUGUAUGAUAUUGUGUAAAUUCACGGAGAACUCUUGACUCUUGCCAUCUUUGUCCUUUCCCUCUUGAUAUUCAAGGCCAUGAAUCCCAAAAUUGCCAUCGUGGUGGCUAGCAUCCAAGCAGAGGUGGCCUUGAUCCAGCCCGGUGUCCCAGGCUCGGUUGAGCGUGUUGGCACUGCAGGUGUUGGCGAGCUGUGAUGUCGGCCGGAGGGUUGUGAAAGCUGUGGGGACGGGAUCUGCUGGCAGGAGUGGGCAACAGCAGCCAGCGGUCAUGUCAGGGACCCCGCAGGGGCCGAGCAGCCCUGGGAGGCAAAGUGAAUUCCCCGAGCUGUCCAGACAUGGGUCUACCGCGUAGCGGAGGAUUCAGUUGCUUCAUAACUGAAUGUGCUCUGGGCACUUUGCCUCCCACUCAGCAGCCUUCCCCCCUAGCCGUGCCCUCUGUUUCAUUUCCCUGUCUUCUGCCCCAUCUCCCCUCGGGCUCCCGCCUUUCCCCACCUAUGAAACCAUCUCCCUUCUCACUCUUCCACCCACCAGGCUCCAAGUCCUGCCUUUCUCCUCAUCUGCUCUUUUUGACUGUGUGUGGAUGUGUGUGUGCAAUUCACGUCCAAAUAGGGCAUCUGAUGUGCGUGGAUGGAUGUGAGUGUGGGUAUCUGUGUGUCUGUAUCUCUGGUGCAUUUUGUGUACAUUUGUGUCAAUGCACACCUGGAUGCAGAUCUGGGUGUACUACUCAAGACUUCCUUGCUAGCGACACGGGUCAGCUUCUGCACAAAGGCUCACGUGUGAGUGCCCUGUGUGUGGGGUGCUGGGGGACGACCGGGCAGGAAAUGCUGUUAGCUCCCAAUUGUACUUCUAAGGAUGACUUUUAAAACAGAGGAUUUAUUCUAUGAGAAAGGAGAGAAUUUUCAGGAGAACCCAGUGUUUCAAUUGUUUAGGGAAUUUUUAAAGAAUAAUUUUCUUUGAAAAGUUCAAUUUCCUGCUUCAGGGGAAAGGCAUACUUGGGCUUGAGGAACAGUAAGGGGAAGUAUCUCAGAUUGAGAGACCUGUGCCUCGCUUCCAGGCAUCUGGACUGGGCUCCACCCGGCAGGGAGAGGUGGAUGUCCACCAGCAUCCGUUUGGGGCAGAGGGCUUGUCUGUGACCAGAUCCGAAUUUCAGCUAGUUUCUAGUUGUGGGAAAAUGGAGUAAGAAAUUCCAAACAGGGCAAUGUGUAAUCAGUCACUUAAAUUCUUCUUAAGUAACUUUUCUUAAGGAACCAGUACUGUUCAUCAACCUGUGAUUUAUACCCUUUUAUAAAAAAUCCUGUGCUUGCCAUAAAUAGAUCAUCCACUCUCUCCAACUGCUCAUCUUUAUUGUUGUUACUGUUGAGUUGCUAAGUGGUGUCUGACUCUUUGUGACCCCAUGGACUGCAGCAUGCCAGGCUCCCCUGUCCUUCACUGUCUCCCAGAGUUUGCUCAAACUCAUGUCCAUUGAGUCGGUGAUGCCAUCCAACCAUCUCAUCCUCUGUUUUCCCCUUCUCCUCCUGCCCUCAAUCUUUCCCAGCAUUAGGGUCUUUUCCAAUGAGUCGGCUCUUCACAUCAGGUCAUCUUUAUAACAGACCUUUAACACAAUCUUCUGCAUCCCUUUGAAGUGUCCCUAAAAUGUUAGGAGAACUCCUAGGAAAGAAGGAAACCACCUGGGCUCAGCUCACCAUUAGCAGAGCAGGAGCUUGGACCUGCCUUUUUGGUCAGAAAGGUACAGAUGCACACACUCUGGGUCUGGGUCUGCUCAGAGCCAGGUAAGGCCUGGCCACACAGACAGGAUGGAAGCUCUGGGCAGAUGGCCAGUCCUGGCUGUGGGAGAACCGCUCUGGUGACCUCGAUCCUUCCAGCACAGGGACUUGAUCCCAGAUAAGGACGUGCCACCCCAAGCCCCUACUGAAGCUGUCGUGCUGUGAGGGCUGAGGAAGAAGACCAGGAAGAGAGGAAGGAGGAGGCUCAGUCUGUGAGCCUCUGUUGCUCAGACCCUGCUCACGCCAGGUCAGAGUAGGACCCAACCCUCUGGUGAGAUUCACGGUCAGCAGCCUUACCCACCAGCCCACACCCCAGGUCAAGGUCAAAUUCCCUACAGAUAUAUAGACAAAGCCUAUACUGUUUAUGUGUUCUGAGCUCCAUGCAAGUAGACCUUGAGCCCAGGGCCUAUUUCUGCUUUUAUUCCUUGCCCUAUGACCCUUAGGAUUCAGGAAAGUGGGGUGCCUGCCUGGAAAGAGGUUCUAUUUCUUUCUCUCCCCAUCUUGAGAGUUUUGGCUUCUUCUUCUGUUUGCUAUUCCUUUCUCCCUACUCACUUCCACUGUCCCUCUACAUCAACUUCAGUCAACUAAAAUAAUUAAGGAAUUUGUCUUCAGACAGGCUCAUAUGCUCCAAACAGCACCCCCCUCAUUCCUUGUUUGUUGGGGCUGUAGGUUCCAUGAGUUCUGUGUUUCCCUGGCAUCAGAGUGUAAGAAAAUUUCAAGUGUGCCUGUUCCAGCUUCAAUCCUCCUACAAGCCCCAGCCUUUUAAGAACUAGACCUUUUUCAUUUCAGGGAUCACAAAGUCACAAAGACUCAAUGACUCCACCAUAUCAACACAAAGCCUUCCUGCUUCACAUGUCCAUAUGUGGCACCCUGGGCCUUGGUGCCUUUGGGGUAUAUUCUCUGGUUGGGAGUGAGCAGUUCCUCCUAGCAAUGCUUGCCUUUCCUUUGAUGAGGGAAGAAGGUGCCCUGAGACUCUGAGUCUGGGCUGUACAUCUUAGUAUUCAUCCACAAUCACGGUGAGAGGUCCAAGAUGAAAGAACUUCAUGUAGUUGUCCUGAUUUAGUGGGAGGAUGGGCUGCUUAGGGCUCCAAAGCUGCCCACCUGAGUCAGAUUCAGGGACAUGAAAUCAAGUACAUCAGCCAGAGGUGUUUAAGAUGGACUCAUCACCUGGAUGAGAGCAUUCAGUUCGGUUCAGUCAUUCGGUAGUGUCCGACUCUUUGUGACUCCAUGAACUGCAGCACGCCAGGCUUCCCUGUCCAUCACCAACUCCCGGAGCUUGCUCAAACUCAUGUCCAUCAAGUCGGUGAUGAGAGCAUUAGUGAACUGAUUAUCAAGUGUCUGGGAGGGAAGGAGUGGGAAGAGGUACACUCUGGUCAUCUUUGGUGUGAUUUGUGAGGGAUAUGUGCUUGCUUCUCCUAACUAAACAGAAGCCAUUCUUCAAAGUAUGUUCCCUCUGCUCCAGGGACCAGUCUUUCCCAGGGACUCAUUCGGCCCUUUCCAGGGUGGAAUGAUGAGCCAUGAGGUGAUUAGACCACAGAUAGAAGUAGUUGGCACAUAACAGCUGGGUUGGCUUCUGUGCUGUCUUCCAGCACAGUAACAGUAAGGGGACAGAGUUUUAAACCAGCCCCCCUCAACUGAUGGUCACAGAAGCUCUGGGUAUCCCUCAGCACAGCCAGCAUGGUGGGCUGGGUUUGCCCUCUUUCCAUGGGGCAAAAUAUUUCUUACACAUUGUUAGUUCUUAGACUCCAUUGUUAUUGGCUAUUUGACUUUUUUUUCUUCCUGAAUAACACCCAUUGUAGAAAAUUAGAAAAAUAAAAUACAAAAGAAAAAGUCCUAGAAUGUUGUUCAUAAUUCCAUGUCUGUGAGACAUCAUAAUGGCUGUAGCCCCGAUACCUGCCUCACCGGUGGUGUCUCUGGGUUGGCAGCUGGGCCCUGGGGUGCAGCCCGGGAGUGCAGAACCAUACUGGUGUGUGUGGAGUUGAGGGCUUCCCUAGUGGCUCAGAGGUCAAGAAUCUGCCUACAAUGCAGGAGACCCAGGUUUGAUCCCUGGGUCUGGAAGUUCCCCUGGAGAAGGGAAUGGCAACCCACUCCAGUAUCCUUGCCUGGAGACUUCCAUGGACAGAGAGCCUGGUGGGAUACAGUCCGUGGGGUCAUGUGGAGUUGAGCCUGUGUUCAAGGCAGUGAAUGCACAGGGCUCUGAGCCCCCAGAGGUAGCAAACAGGCCUUAGAAGUGGUUCAGUGCCAGAGCUUAGGGGCAGUGUAGAACAGAGCUAAAACAUCCCUACUUUGUGAUUUCUUUCUGCUGCUGCUUUUUUUUUUUUUUCCUAUUUCUUUUCUUUUGGAGUGCCAUCUCAAUCUAAUGAUAGAUCUAAGAGUACUGAAGCCAGAGUAACUUGCUAAUUCAGCUAUAGUUGUAUAACGCAGUUGCUGUCCAUCUCAUUUCAGUUCCGCGCUGAAAUGAUUGGUGACUCUGGGCACUGUGUAUUCUCCAUACUUGAACUUCCUCAUCCACAAAAUGAGGAUAGUGCUAACACUUUACCUCAUGGUAUAUUAAGGGUAACCAAGAAACUACAAAGUGAUUUGCAAACCAGAAGUGUCAUAUAAAUUAUACACUGUUCAGAUUCUCCUGCAGCAGUCAAGCCCCCACUGAAUGGGAUUCUUCCAUGCGUUUUCUGAGCUUCACUGCAGAAAGGAUAACCUAGAAUGACUCGACCCGCUGCUGAAUAGGAAGUUCUAUCCCACUUAAGCAUGCGGAUUUUAUUCCGUCAUCCAGGUUCCUCAGAGAAGUCGGCUCCUUAAUUUACCCACUCUCAGGCUUCCUUCCUUUUAUCCAAAGUCAAUUUUGCCAAGAGCAUUCUUACUCCCUCUUCGUUAUUCCCAGAGGAGAUGAAAUAAGUAAACCAUAUGUAGAAAAUAGCAUAAAUGAGCUAAAACGGUUAACUGUUAACCAAGACACAUAUUCAAUGCCUUAUUUAUUUUAUUUUAUUUUUACCAUUCUCCUAGCAUUAAUAAUUCUCACUGUUCUUGCCCAAGGGGUUGGGAACACAUCAGAUUUCUGAAACAUUCUAAUGGUCUUUUAAGUUGAAGAUGGGAAUGAGUGUUAAGCCAAUGGGAUCUUCUUUCUCCGGUCAGUUGGUGAAGAAGAUGGCUUUGUCAGAAGCACAUGGGUUCUUAUAGGUUCUUAUGAUGCAUUCACUGGGAGUUGUUCUGGGUGCGAUCCUGUUGGGGGAAAACUCAAUCCUAGGUUCUAAACAAGGAAAGAUUGCAUUUCCCAAAGGGUCAGCAUGCUUUCUGCUUUGCAGGGGAUCAGCUUACAGUGUUACGAUGAGACCUGCUCUAAGGGAAAGCUGAGUCGUUCAUUGCUCCCAGUAUGGUUGGAGCCCAGCCAGGGAUGGAGGAACCACCCAACCGCAGGGGGUGUGUGUUCACCACUGAGAAACAGAAAACUGGGUAUCAGCACGGGGGUCCCACAGCUGUGACUCAAACCUGGCCUCACUCUGCUAGACACCAACCUCAGCAAUUGCAACCCCUGCCCUUCACUUCCCAGGACUGGGUGUUCGCUCCUCGGGGACCUCUGUGUCCCUCUGUCCUCUCCUGGCUACGCAUUUGCCUUCCUCUCUGGGUCACCGUAGACCUUUUCUGGCCUGAGUGUAUCAGUGUGUCUGUAUCGCUGUGACUAUAAACCUGCCUUUCACAUACAGAGCUUUCAUAACUCCUCCUCUUUCCCCAUCUCCACCCAUGGUGUGACUGUUUCACUAUUCCAGACUAUCUGUAAAAAUGUACAAAUAAAAAUGGAAACUGAAAAUAGCGGGGAGGGAAUUGAGACCAGACAAAUGCGUUGCUGUAGCCCUCAGUUUUCUGAGGACUUAUGUGGACUGCCCGGAAACCCCGACUCUGGGUGGGAUUCCAAGGCAGGGAAGCCAUUGGCCCAGGAGGUUGUUUUUGUUUCCUGGUUGUUGCUCUGACAGUCACAAGUGUCUACUUGGAACUCUCUGUUUGAAAGGUUUUGGUCUUUCAAGUGAAAUGUAUUUUCUGAAAAGUAGAAGCAAGUCAUCCAAGUGUGAAGGUGAAGGUUAUUGCGAAGGUCAACAGGGAGACCCGAUCCGGGGGUGGUAUCAAUCGCUUUGUCACUGGCUCGCUCGGGGCCUUGGGCGAAUCUUGUUACCUCACCAUUGUCUCUGCGUCCCCUCAGCCAAACAGGGGGGCUUCCAGGGCUCCUGGAGCGCCCAGUCACCUUGGCCGUCCUGCUGCUAUCUUGGGAGAGGCUUCGAACCCGUGCUGGAGCGCGCUUACCGUGGGAGGUACAUUCGAGAGUCCCUCCUUGCUGCUCUCACCCCACGCUUUCACUCCUCGGAAAGUAACCUCAAGCUAACAGCCAGUUUGUGCUCAGAGUCCAAAGCCUUUUAUCUACCUUUUCAUUCUCAGAUGCCUUUCCGCCCACUUUGACGAUCUCAUUUUACUAUCGUUACUGACGGAGCGCUGUCAGUAGGAGGAAGAGUCUCAAAGGAGAUGAUGUGUGUGAAUUGCUUUGUAAUCUAUGACUUACUCUACCAACCUGGCGGGUACUGUCGGAAGGAGGGGGUCUGGCUAAGGAUGCGAUCGAAUCAGAAUGAUGAAAGCCUUGGUGGGAGGGGAGGGGAGAGGUGGUGGGCAGCAGAGUUGGCGUGGUGGUAGAGGUAAGAUAAAGAAAACUUUUGGAGGAGCAGGUGGCAGAAUCACAGGGCAUCCUCAGCAUGGCAGCAGAGAAGGAUCCCCAGAAGGCUGGGCACCCUGAAGAAGAAGUAGGAAAGAGGAACAUGGGCAGGUAAUCCUGUAAUACAAAGAGCUGCCUUCCCCUAGGACUGAGAAGACUAGCUGCUCCAGGGGUGGGAUUCACACCAAGCUUGGCCAGUGACCUAACCCUUCCUCCUCCAUGAUACUAUCAAUCCAAACCUUUCUGCUCUCUGAUGGUCCACAGUGACCAUCUCUGGGGGCAGUGCUGUCCAGCAGAUAAAAUACAAUGCAAGCACCACACGCCAUCUUAAAUAUCCUAGUGGCCCCAUUUUUAAAAGUCUGAAGAAACAGGUGGAUUAAUUUUAGUACCUGUUUUAACCCAACAUAUCAAAAAAAAAAGUAUCAUUUCAACAUGGAAUCAAAAAGUAUCAUUUCAACAUGGACUCAGUAUAAAAAUUACUGAGCUAUUUGAUGUUCUUUAUUUUUUAUUUUUUCCCAAAUGAAGUCUUCAAAAUUCAAUGUGAAUUUUGCUGUUAGAAAACACAUCAGUUUGGAUCAGCUACAUUUCCAGGGCUCAGUAACCCCACGAGGCCACCGGCUACCAUAUAUAAGACAGCAAAGAUUUAGACUCUUGGUUAGGAGUUGGAAUCCCCCCUCACCUGUGAGUCACUCAGAUCUCAUGGCUAGUAGGCUGGAGAUCCAUGUUGGCCCUGCGUAGAAAGCCCAGGAGCAAUGUCCAGGCUGCCAUCCUGGCCAAGGAGAGGACCACUGCUUGUCAAACACGUCACAUCUGGCCCAGAGGGUCGGUGCUGCCCCUGGACACAGCCCCAAGUUCUAGAAGCCACCAAGCAAGUCACUUUCUUCAGCUAUAGGAACUCUAGCUUAUGCUUUAUCUAGACGCCCUUUAUCUGAGGGUGGAGAGAGGGCCAGACGGAUCUUGUCUUUGUCAGGGACAGAGGUCUCCACAACCUCUUGUCACCUGGUCCAGUCACCUGCCAAUAGCAUCUCACCAACAUUCAGAGCUGUUUUCUCAACCCCUAACUUUCCUUAAAUGCUAAAAGAGCAGUGAAAAGAGCAGUGGCCACAGGCGGGCUGGGUCUCCUAGGAGGCGGCAAUGACAGGCUCUGUCCCUUACACUGGGACUCGGGGUCCACUGUUGCCCACCUCUCUUUCCUGCCUGGAGGCCUUCCUUAGAUUUGAAGAAACCUCUUUGGGGGUGGAGACAAGAAGUGAGAUCUUUGUGCUGAGUACAGAAUAAAAUGCAAGCAAACAACCCCUGGGCGUUCUCAAAGCAUUUUGAAGAGUCAAUAUGACAUGGUUGGGUUCAUUUAAAAUACCAUGUUCCGAGCCCUGUGUUACUGAGCAAAAGAGAAUGAGCUGAUUCGGUGAGUAUGUUUUAUAUAUGGUCAUUAGACAGGGACCAUAGCCGACAAAACUCUCGAAACACCUGGAGUGUUUAUGGUCCACCAGAUUAUUGCUCAGUCAAUAGACAUUGAUUUACCUUUAAUUUGCAUAGUGCUUUCUGAUUGGUUAGACAAGGUGUGAUGUGUUCUGCAGGAGUCCAACAUCACCUCUGCCCUUGGAGGUAGCAAUUCCUGUGGUUAUUGGUGCUAAAAUAAGAUUAAAUAUUAUGUUCAUUUGUUCUGAUACGAUGUGAAUACGUGUUGUUUAAUCUUAACAAGAAUGCUACAUCUUAUCAGAUCUAUUGUACUGUCUGUUCCUUCUCAUAGUUAAUUAAUUACAGGAAAGGUGAUCCAAACCAGAUCUCGAAACUAUUGUGCUAUUCUGAGAGGUGAAUUUAACAGGGACGUGGGAGGGGCGGGAUGAAAAGGGAAAUUGCCAGGUUCCUGUGACUUUGCAAGAACUGAGGAAGCAGAGAGCAUUUGGGGACUUCUGACACUGACUGCAUCUUGCAAUUUUCUUUUUCGAAUUUGGCAGAAAUACUGUAUUUCCAUCGGUCGAAGAAAAAAAAGUGUCUGGUAAUUAAUUAAAUGACUUGUUCAUGGAAAAAAUAAAAAUAAAUAACCUGUCAGUUGUGGAAUGUAAACUGAUUAAACAAUUAAAUAAAGAAGAUCAUGUUGUGUGUUUUAA